AUGGAAAUAACAUAUGCAAUUGAGAUAUGGGGUUUCUUCCAGGUGGUGAACCAUGGAAUACCGCAAGAAAUAAUGGAUCUGACGAUUGAAGGCAUCAGAAGAUUCAAUGAAGAACCAGAAAUGAAGAUGAAGUUUUAUUCGCGUGAUACGAUGAAAAGUGUGCGCUCUGUUCACUUCACAUGCAUCUGCCUUGUUCUCAUGCUUUCAAGUUGCAGGGACAUAGUGUUGCAGUACUCUGAGCAUAUCAAGAAGUUAGGACAAGUUCUAUUUCGGUUGAUAUCAAUGGGACUUGGACUUCCUCCUCAUUAUCUGGAAGAUAUGGAAUGUAAUAGAGGGCAUACCUUUUUCUGCCACUACUAUCCACCAUGCCCUGAACCAAAGAGGACUGUAGGACAUGGCAAACACAGUGAUCCAGACUUUCUUACAGUACUUCUACAAGAUCACAUUGCUCAUCUCCAAUGCAAGCUUAAAAGCGCUCAGCAUAGAGUGAUUGCUAAAUGCAUAGGCCCAAGAAUCUCAGUUGCAUGCUUCUUCACAGCAUAUGUUCAGGCAUCGAAAGAGAUUUAUGAUCCUAUAAAAGAGUUGCUGACAGAUGAAAUUCCACCUUUGUACAAGGAACCCUCGGUAGAGGACUAUAUUGACUCGUUUACUCGAUAG